AUGGCCGCGAAACCAAAGGCCGAAGAAAAGAAAAAGAAGAACCCUGCUAUCGCUCCCAGCAAGAUCAUGACGUAUGAAGACUUGCCGUACAUGGGAGAGAUGACGCUGAACAACUCCAAACCUCGACGUGGACGGAAACCAAAGAAGGCUGACAUCUGCCAUCUUAUAUAUGAAAACUACGGAACGGUCGUGCCAGGUCAACCGCCGCCUCAAGAACGACUGAAUCAGCUAGCUGUGUGUCCUCCGGUCCGUAAUGCAGAUACGCCGCUAUGCACUCCGAAAACCAAUCUGCAGAACAAGAUAAUCUCGAGUUUAUUAGAGCGUAAAUUAUCUCAAGAAAAUAGGCGGCGUCUGGAGAAUCAGUCUCCACCGAGAUUUUGUAGUCCAGACGAGCCAAUGCCAGAGGCACCGGAAACCGCUGCGGGGCCGCUGCAUAGCGACGAUGAACCGCUCAAUCUUUGUAUCAGAGAUCUCCACGAUUUAAAAAUACAGAUACAGAAGAAAUUUGGCAACAUUUACUCGUCGCUCCCUGAAGUUAAAAUGGAGGCUGAUGCGGACAGCUCCGAGCAAGAGCUUAAAAUCGAACAACCAAAUGCCAUAUCUGUUAUCCAAAGGAACACAAAUGUGGCCCCAGCGACUGCCAGCAGUUCUCCAGAUUUGUCGCGACAGACUAGGACUGUUUCGCCGGCACUGUCAGAACCCGCGCAAUCCACAGUCGGUCCAGAUGGCGACGAGAAGAUUCCGGGAUACGUUUACUGGCCCAAUGCAGGGAUCUACAUGCAUCCGUUAGCUCUACAAACGCAGCUUCUCUACUAUCAGAGGCUAGCAGCUGCGGGCCAGUUGCCAAUAUCGCAAGAAGAAAGAGAAAAAGUACUCUCCAGUAGCAGUGAGAGUACUCCGACGGAGCCAAGUUCUCCCGACGGAAAGAAGAAACUUGUACUCAAACAGAUAUCUGAAUUAUUGGACCCGAAAGUGAUAAAGCAAGUAGAGGAAGCAAAGAGUCCGGACAGUACAAAAAUGAAAAGGACUUCGCCAAACUCUAUACAGGGUCCAGUCAAAAGAAAACGAUCAGCAAUUUUCAUCCCCCCGAUGCCCACAAAAAGCAAUUCAACAAAUCCAACAACGGAAGUCAGUAUAUGCAAGUUCAAAUUCACCGGUGGAUCAAAACCGUCACUACAAGAAAAGAAGAUGCUAUCCGUGGACUCUGGAGGAAACUUUAGAUACUACAGCGGCACCGGCAAUAAAAUCAAUAAGAGUUACGAAAGUCUACCGAAGGAUUCAAAUAAUAAAAGUGAAUCUUCCACAGAAACAUCUACUUCUAUGAAAAUGGACGGACAAAGUUCUGCUGCUAUGAGCAAGGACGAUCUGAACAAAAAGAAGAGGAAGUCCCGAAAGACCUUACAAAGAGAGAAGUUGGAGCAGACGUUUAAAGAGAAAGGGUUUUUAAUACAGACUCAGCAGCUGCAGUCGGCCGAAGGGGCCACUUAUUGUAAGUUUAGACAACUGAGGAAAUUUACGCGGUACCUGUUCAGGAGUUGGAAAGAUUACCUUCCCGGAGAAUUGGAUGAGAGACCAAACGAGGAAAAUCCAGUAGAACAACAAGUUAAACCAAAUGGUGCAACGGAAUGGGGGUGA